AUGGUGACAGAACUGGGGAUCUGCCUGCUCCUGGCAGGGGUACUUCUGGGCCCGGGACCGGGGACCCAGGCCAUGGAAGGCGUCAAAUGUGGGGGUGUGCUCUCAGCGCCUUCUGGAAACUUCUCGAGCCCCAACUUCCCGAGACUGUACCCCUACAACACGGAGUGCAGCUGGCUGAUCGUGGUGGCCGAGGGCUCCUCCGUGCUCCUGGCCUUCCACACCUUUGACCUUGAGUACCAGGAGACCUGCGGCUUCGACUUCCUGGAGAUCUACAACGGCGCCUCGGGGGACAAGGGCAACCUUCUGGGCAGGUUCUGCGGCCGGGUGCCCCCACCUCCCUUCACAUCCUCCUGGCACGUCAUGGCCGUUGUCUUUCACUCCGACAAGCACGUGGCCAGCCACGGCUUUUCCGCCACCUACCAGAAAGAUACGUGUGGUGGCGUCCUGACUGGCCUGUCGGGGGUCCUCAGCAGCCCCGAAUACCCCAACAACUACCCCAACAAUGUGGAGUGCCGCUGGCUGAUCCGGGCCAUGGGAUCCGCUGCCAUCAAGCUGGUGUUUGUGGACUUCCAGGUGGAGGGCAGUGAGCAGUGCUCCUAUGACUAUGUGGCGGUGCUGGGGGCAUCUGGCCCGGCCCGCGGCCACUACUACUGUGGCCGCACCAGGCCCCCGACCCUUGUGUCCCUGGGCCCUGAGCUGCAAGUAGUUUUCAAGUCUGACUUCAACAUAGGAGGCCGAGGGUUCAAGGCCCACUACUUCUCAGGAGAAUGCCAGGAGGUGUAUACGGCCGUGCGCGGCAACUUCUCCAGCCCGCAAUACCCCGGCUCCUACCCCAACAAUAUCCGCUGCCACUGGACCAUCCGCCUGCCCCCUGGCUACCAGGUCAAGGUGUUUGUCCUGGACCUGGGCCUGGAAGAGCCCAACAGACUGACCAGGACCUGCGAUUUCGACCACCUGGCGGCCUUCGACGGGGCCACCGAGGAGGCGCCGCUGCUGGGGAAGUGGUGCGGUGACCACCGGCCACUGCCGGUCACCUCGAGCCACAACCACCUCCUGCUUGUGCUGCACACGGACCGUAGCGCCUCGGGCAGGGGCUUCUCUGUGGCCUACAUCGGAGUGGUACCCAUGAACGUGAGCUGCACCCGUACAGACUUCCAGAUCCUCAUCUCUGCCCAGGCACUGGCCCCUCUGGAACGCACCAGGGUCUACCUGGGCAGCCGGAGCUGCACCGCCCAGGAAGUCAGCGGCAACUUCCGGAUCCAGGCCCGCUUUGACAGCUGUGGCACUGAGUCUCAGAGAAGAAACAACACCUUGGUGAUCGUGAGCAUGCUGUACAUCGACUUCUCGGUGGCGGACCGUGAGGAUGUCCACCGGUACGAAGUACGCUGCGAGCCACGGCGCAAGGAGGCGUCUGUCCACUUGCUGUCGGGCUCCGACUGGCUCGGACCCUACGCCGCCGCCGCCGAGCACCUCCAGGAGGCGCCCCCCAGGGAUGAGGCGGAGGUCCCGGAGGGCCCGGGUCCCGUGGUGGCUCAGGACAUCAGCGACAUCGUCUUCUUGGGUCUCUGCGUCCUGGCUGGAGUUCUGAUGGUCAUAGCCAUUGUGGUCCUCAUGCUGUUGUGA